AUGCAACAAAGAUUUUGGCUGUUUGAGCUAUACUACGGCAUAAUUGAAGUUCUGACAGAGUUGGCCGAGCUUCCUUUAUACAAGUGUGGAGGAUGUGGCACAAUUCUCAUGUCAAAAACUUGGAGAAAUGGCGCCAACCACAAUGGAGUACACUUGCAAGAAACAAACCGAGUUUUGGAAAGUGAGCCGGAUAGUAUUGUGCAGGAGAAUGAAGAGAGCAGCUCAAAUCUAGAUUUAAUACCAUCGGGUGGAAAAUCUUCGCCAGAUGGAGAUAAAACAAGAGAGCAAGGUGAAUCUGGGGUCAACAAUGGGGAUCAAUGUGAAGAUACAAGUGUCUCUAGUGAGCUUUCUAGCUUGCUUGAGGUUAGUGGUAAUGAGAAUAAAGAUUUGUCCAAAGUAGUAAUUGAGCAGUUGAAACAGGAUAAAGAAGACAAAUUUCCUCUAGGUCAAAAUGCCGAAAGACUUGAAAUUGAAUUUCAGGAUUGCAAUGGGGAAAGGCUAGCAGAAAGAUGUUCUUCUGCUGAAUUUCAGAGUUCAAGUGAACGUACCUGCCAUGAGGCUUAUGUUUCAACCGCAGAAAUCACAGAACUAGUGGAAUCAGAUGACAAGAAUCCAUCGGAGCAAUGCACUGGAAGGGAUCAAAAGGAACAUGGAGAUUCUCGAACAGAUCACCCGAAGAAUGGGUUGCCUUCAGAUGGUGAACAUAGUGAAGCAGGCGAAAGUACACUUCUUUCACCGGAGCACGAUCAUCUAAAGAAUGGGUUGCCUUCAGAUGGUGAAUAUAAUGAAGCAGACGAAAGUACACUUCUUUCACCAAAAAAUAAUAGAAAGAGACUAGAUAGUUUUAUGCACUACAAUGGAAAGCAAUGUGAAGAUUGGAGUUUCUCCGAUGAGCUUUCUAGCACACACGAGGUUAGCGAUUGCAAGAAUAAAGUUCUAUCCGCGGAAGUCACAGAACAGUUGAAACAGGAUGAAGAAGGCAAAUGUCCUUUUGGACAAAAUUCUAAAAGAUGUGAAAGUGAAAUUCAGGAUUCGAAUGGGGGAAUAGUUGCAGGCAGAAAUCCCUCUGCUGAAUUUACUAGUCAGGAGGCCGAUGUUUCAACCCCAAUAGUUCGAAAACAUGUGAAAUCAGGUGAAAAGAAUCCAUCGGAGCAAUGCACUGGAAGGGAUCAAAGUGAAUGUGGAGAUUCUCAGACAGAAUUGUGUGCAGAUGACAACUUCCUUGAUGAAGUUCGGUCUUUAUCCAUGCAUGAUCGAGAGAAGAAUAAGUUGCCUCCAGAUGGUAGAGAACAAAGGGAACGUGAAGAUUCUCAAACAGAAUUGUGUGCAGAUGACAACUUCCUUGAUGAAGUUCGGUCUUUAUCCGAGCAUGAUCAACAGAAGAAUAAUUUGCCUCCUGAUGGUAGAGAACAAAGGGAACGUGGAGAUUCUCGAACAGAAUCGUGUGCAGAUGACAACUUCCUUGAUGAAGUUCGGUCUUUAUCCGAGCAUGAUCAACAUAAGAAUAAGUUGCCUCCAGAUGGUAGAGAACAUAGAGAAGGGGAUGAAAGUAAUCAUCUUUCGUCAGAAAAUAAUGAAAAGGGUCUGAAUGGGUGGCUUCACGAAGAAAUGGAUAAUAACAAUAGUCAAGAUUCAUCACCCUUUGAGAUUGCUUCGCCUGCAAAUGGAAAAUCAUCACCUUCAGCUGGAGGCAUGGCUGAAGUAAACAAGGAUAUCAAGAAUUUUCCUCUCAUCAGAUGCUCAAGCACAGAAAAUCAUGUGAAUGCAGAUACAGGAGAUUCUUUAGCUGCUGCUCAAGGCCGCCCUAAUGAGAACAAUACAUCUCUUAAUCGCUCGUCUCCCGAUGCUGAGCAGCUGGAGCAUUCUCAUAGAGAAGAUACACAAAGUUUUGGUAGAUUGAGCUCAGUAGAUACUAGUUUACCCACCGUUGACCCUAGUUCUCAGCACAAUGUUAAACAUGUAGAUAUGUCUAAAUCUCCAACAACCAAAAGUUACGCUUAUGAGGGUAGCGUAUCUUCUUAUGAUGGAACCGAUGAUCAAGUUCCCAACCAUGUUUCACACCCCCCUAGAAGAAAGUUCAAGGAUAAAGUAUCCACCAGCACUGCUGAAUUGCACAAAAAGGAUGGAUUAAAUAAGAUUAACAUGAGCAAUAGUGAGUCAGAGACGCAAUAUUGGGCAGGCAGUUCCUCGUCCUUCUUACAGGGAAAGCAAUAUCAUGCCAUGGAAGGCAGCAGCAGCUGGCACCAAGUUGAUUUGCCUGAAACCAGAAGACGUGGCCACAAGAGUGGUAAUAGGACGAGAUUGGACAAAGAAACAGCAACACCUAGAUUGGCAUUCACUUCUAGAGAUUUCCAAGCUGGCCACAGAAAUGGAACCCCAUCAAGUUAUCAUCGAAGUUUGCUCCAAAAUCAUCAAGCUUGCCUGUCAUCAGAUAGGCCUACAUACUCUGAACCAGACAAGGUGGACUUAUUGAGAACGGUGUUUGAACUGAAAGAUCAGCUCAACAGGAUGCAAUUUUCAAAACUAACGGCAAAUGGAAGGUUUCCUGCUGGUAAGGAAAAGUUAACUCCCUUGUACUAUGAACAUUUAGCACCAGAAAGGGAGGUGUAUGCAGAUUUGAGCCAUCCCACAUAUCCUGUCGGACAUGGUCCAUUGAAACGUUGGCCCCAACGACGCAAGGACUUGAGAAUGGCUUUUUCAGGGGAGUCUGCUCACUACAGACACCAUGCUAACUGCUCAUGUUUGCAUUGUUGUCCGCAAGACUGGCACCGCUCGGCUCAGUUACCUUCACAUUCCAUGCUCUGUAACAAUUGUCACUGCAUGGUCCACUCUGGUCAUAACUGCUGUAAUGUCCUUGCCUCUAGAUCCCCCAGUCCCCAGCAUUACACGAGCUCUGAGCAAUCUUUAUGGGGACGUGAGACAAUGUCCGAUGACCGGAGGCAUAAAGACAGGGAGAUGAAAAGGUUAUAUUCACGGGAAAAGCAUCACAUAAUGAAGAGACAUCUCCGGCCAAUAUCUGGUGGAGCCCCACUUAUUUCUUGUUAUCAUUGCUCGGAACUGUUGCAGCUGCCUUCAAACUUUCUCCUCUUCAAGAAAAAAUAUCAUCAGCUGAGGUGCAACGCGUGUAGGAAGGUUCUGAAAUUCUUGCUCUUGGAAAGAAUGCACAUAGUUCCAUACCUUCUGGAAGCUUCAGCUCCGCCGCCCAGUGAGGCUGAUGAUCAUAGUGAUGCUAUCAGUCACAUAAAUCCGGUACCUACAUUCCAUGCUAAUUCUUGUUCACAUGCUGAACCCGUGUCAUGUUCUGACGACUAUGGGCUGUCUUUCUGUAGAAGCUGCUCAACAGAAGGGGAGAAUUCAUUUCUUACACCUUCAGUUGACCGCCUCGAGUGGAAUGCUUACAACAGAAAGAUGUCGUCUGGCAGUUCUUUUGAGCCCAUGGAAGAUACAAAAAUGAAGUCUGUAUUAAGGGAACAUGGGAACAAGAAUGGAAGUUUGGUGGAAACCUCUAAACCAGCCGGAGCUUCACCGAAGAUGGCUAAGUGGAAAAAAACAUCCUCUGAAAUUGAAGAACUGCGAGAAACAUCAAAUUCUCCACUUCAUCGGUUAAUGGGAUAUUCUUCCCCUAGUCAACUUUUGGACAAGUGA